AGCCUGCACUCAGGAGCAGGAGGGAAGCGCUGCGGCCAGAUGGUGGUGUGACUGUGAGCUGCUGCCAUGUCGCGACGCAAGCAGUCCAAACCGCAGCACAUCAACUCGGAGGAGCCCGGUUCGGCAGAGCCCGGGGCUCUACAGGAUGCCAGUAGAGAGGAUGGGAACGAAAUCAAGAGGUGUCGAAUGGAGGAAACGCGAGUUUGUGAAAAAUGCUGUGCCGAGUUCUUUGACGAAACGGAGUUCCUAGAACAUGAGAGAAACUGCACUAAGAGUCAACAGGUUGUCAUUAUGAAGGAUGGGGAGGGGGGUGAAGUACCGCUCGAGUUCUCACAAUGCUCUCCUGGAUUCCAAAGCGAUCACAGCGAUGGGCGGUCUAGUAGUAAUUCUCAGUCCAAGCACAGCAUCGAGUCCGCUGACACUAACGAGGAUGCGUUAAAUUUAAACGCGGACGGUGACGCAAAACAAUCCCAGGAGGAUAUGUCCAACAACCUUGACAUUGGGUACAUGGGUGCAGCUUCCAAAUUGCAAGAGACUAAUGUUACCCUUGAAGCCAUGCCUGCCACCAGAGUAGCAGUAACGCAGCAUUCAUCGAGUUCAUCUACUCAGAAGUCUCCUCCACCAACAUCUCAAGAUGCUCUCCAUGCUAUACCCAUGAUCCUUGAGCAACUGGUUAGUCUUCAGCAACAGCAGCUGCAGCAGAUCCAGCUGACCGAACAGAUUCGGAUCCAGGUGGCCAUGAUGACUCCUCAGGGCCUCCAGUCUGCAAUGGGAGCCACCGUGGAUCCGCUGAAGGCACUUGGUGCACAUCUUUCCCAGCAACUUUCAGCUGCUGCUGCUCUAAUUGGAAAACGUACAAGCACACAGAGUUUGUCUUUGGAAGCUCUCAAACAAGGUAAAUUGCCCCAGUCCAGUAGCAUUCCCACAUCGCUUGCUGGAAGUGCUAGCUCCAUACCCUUGAAGACCGAUACAAUCAAAGGGCUCCCGGAUCUAGCGAACAGACUUCCGGCUUUACUUCCGCAAUCUCCGUCAGUUAUGGCGUUCCAGAGCCCAUUUACUAACCUUGCAGCAAACCUAGAUCCCUCCAAAAAAUGCAAGAACAAGAUACAUAGUAUAGUAGAGUUGAAGAACGGAGGUGGUGAGCAGAUGUACAAGCAUAAAUGCAAGUUCUGUGGAAAGACCUUUGGGAAUGACAGCGCCUUGCAGAUUCAUUUGCGCUCGCACACUGGCGAAAGGCCAUUUAAAUGCAACAUUUGUGGAAACCGUUUCACAACUAAAGGGAACCUUAAAGUGCAUUUCCAGAGGCACAAAGACAAGUACCCGCACAUUAAGAUGAAUCCACAUCCUGUACCAGAGCACCUUGACAACAUUCCGACAAACAACGGCAUUCCUUAUGGCAUGUCUGUGCCCAUCGAGGAAUCCAAUGUUGUGGACAACAAACCGGUGAUUGGGCUCCCAUCCACAGGUGUCCACUCAUCAGUGCUCCAGGGAUUCAAGCCUUCUUUUGAUGUUCCAGUGACUUCGGAACUCUACACGCAGAGACCCUCCUCAUCUGGCAGUGACGGUGCGUCCAUUUCGUCAGGCAUGUUCAAUAAUGAGGUAGGAAUGGACCAGGGCAAAGAAGCCUCUGAUGCCCUAGGUAGCCUGCAUCAAGUGAAUAGUAAUAGUGUCCUAGGUGAGAAUGCAUCUGGCACAGCCAAGCUUCAGCAGAUGGUGGAUGGCCUGGAGAAGAGGACCAAUGACCCAAAUGAAUGCCUGAUCUGCCACAGAAUCCUGAGCUGUCAAAGUUCCCUUAAGAUGCAUUACCGUACCCACACAGGUGAGCGACCCUACAAGUGUAAGAUAUGUGGCAGGGCCUUUUCUACCAAGGGGAACCUUAAGGCCCACUAUGGUGUCCACAGGGCUAACACGCCCUUGAAAAUGCAACACUCCUGCCCAAUUUGCCAAAAGAAAUUUACCAAUGCUGUUGUGCUACAGCAGCAUAUUCGAAUGCAUAUGGGUGGCCAAAUUCCCAACACUCCGUUGCCCGAGAGCCAAUACGAGGGCCCUGAAAUGAUGGAUUCCAGUUUGACUGAGAAGAACAUGGAUGCAAGUGGGCUUGAGGAGAGCAUGGAGGAACAGGAUGUAGAUUUCGACAAUCAGGAGAAUCCAAACAGCUCGGAGCCUCCUCCUACGCAUACUACCAAGGCGGAUCAGCCGUUGAGCGGCUCACCUGCCGUGUUCACUGGCAUUUCUGCCCUAGAAAAUCAUAUGAAAAGCCUCACAUCAUCUCUGAACUUGCAGCGACAGAGCAGCACUGCGUCUGAGAGCGAUGGUGGGCCCAAAGAGUCACCGUACAGAGCUGGAGAGCUGGAGUACAAGAAUGGACACAGUCCGGUUGUAUCAGAUUCUGCUUCAUUUCACUCUUCUCCAGUGGAUGGACAGUUGGAGAACGGACAGGCAAAAUCUCCAGAAUCUGUAAACCCGGAUGAUUCGGCUGGAGGAUCUGGGAGAACAGAGUCUGAUGGAACUCAAGAUUUCGGUGAAACAAACGGAGCACUGGAUUUGACUUCAGGUUUCGGUGCAAAGGCCAUCAAAGAAGAGCCUGGUCUGUCCUUUUCCAAUGGAGAAUAUUCUGGUGGUCACAUGCCAUUUAUGAGGGUGCCUCCAAGUCUGGUUAAGUUAGAAAUGCCAAUUCCUUCUGAGAAUCCAAUUGGUGCCAAUAAUCAGCAUGGUUCACAGCCAUUCCAGGUGACUGGCACACCGCCGCCCAGCUCAAGUGCCCCUCGCCGCUCUGCCAAGCAACAUCUGUGUAAUGUAUGUGGAAAGAACUUCUCCUCGGCCAGUGCGUUGCAGAUCCAUGAACGUACGCACACUGGAGAGAAACCCUUUGCUUGCACCAUCUGUGGUAGAGCGUUUACAACAAAAGGAAACCUUAAGGUCCAUGUUGGAACACACAUGUGGAAUAAUUCAGCAAGGCGUGGUCAGCGUUUGUCUUUGGAUAACCCUAUGGCAUUGAUGGCUAUGGGUGCCGAGUCCAAGAUGAUCCCAGACAUGUUGCAGCCCCCAAAAGAUUUGAUCUCGUCACAGAUGAACUUUGACCCAUCGGUAUGGAAUCAGUAUACUGCUGCUUUCUCGAAUGGGCUGGCCAUGAAAACCAAUGAAAUUUCAGUCAUCCAAAAUGGAGGAAUCCCACUCCCUGGAAGCCUUGCUGGAGGCCCUUUGGUUGGCUCCACCGGAGGCUUGAUGAAGAUGGACUCUCAUUCGGGCAUUCCCGGUACGGUUGCUGAAAUGGAAAAGAAUGGCUCGGAGAGUGUAGUCAAGUCACAGUUUCCACAUUUUAUGGAGGAGGGCAAAGUGAAUUAAGACCACGCUGAGUAUUCCUCAGCGAUUUGAACGACUUUGCUCCUCUACCAACUUUUCAGUAGGCACAAUCAAAUCCGGUUCUUUUGCGUUGCUUUUGUGUUGU